GUUUUGAACAAGGAACGGCGGCGGACGUUCAUUUGUUUUCAAAAUGGCACGUCUACUAUGCUUCGGUCUCCUGGCGCUCCUAUUGGCUUCCCCAUUCCUCGGGUUCAUGUACGUCCUGUUCCUGAAGAGUCCGCCUCCGCUGCCCGCGAUGGAUGGCCAGGCGUGGUGGGGACCCAAGCUGCAGGCCAAGCAGGAUACCAGUGUCAGGCCUUUUAUAGUGCAGUUCACUGCCCCGAUGGUCCACGACCUCAAAGAGCGCCUGAAGAACCAUCGCAAGUGGACCCCUCCGCUGGAGAACGUCGGAUUCGAAUACGGCUUCAACAGCAAGCAGCUGGACAGCUGGGUCUCGUACUGGGCGGAGAAGUACAACUUCACGGAGAGAGAGAGGUUUUUCAACAAGUUCGCGCAGUUCAAGACCAAUAUCCAGGGAUUGGAUAUUCACUUCAUCAGGAUUAAGCCAGAGGUCCCAGCAGGAGUGGAAGUGGUUCCCAUGCUCUUCAUGCACGGCUGGCCAGGGUCAGUCCGGGAGUUCUACGAGGCGCUGCCGCUCCUGACGGCCGUCAGCAAGGACCGGGACUUCGCCAUCGAGGCCAUCGUGCCCAGUCUGCCAGGAUACGGGUUCUCUGAUGCUGCAGUCCGUCCAGGACUAGGAGCCGCGGAGAUGGCGGUUGUGAUGCGUAACCUGAUGCACCGGCUCGGCUUCAACAAGUACUACAUUCAGGGUGGAGAUUGGGGAAGCCUCAUUGCCAGCUGCAUGGCUACGCUGUUCCCUGGUGAAAUCCUUGGCCACCACACCAACAUGGGCGCUGCCAUGUCCACCAAGGCCAACCUCCUGAACGCGCUCGGCGCUUUUCUGCCUUCCUUCGUGGUGGAGUCACAUUUGGCUGACCGCAUGUACCCGCUCACCGCGAACUUCGUUCGGCUGAUAGAAGAGACCGGCUACAUGCAUAUUCAGGCUACUAAGCCUGAUACUAUAGGUGCAGCAAUCUCCGACUCGCCCGUCGGCCUCCUCGCCUACAUCCUGGAGAAGUUCUCCACCUGGACCAAGAACGAGUACAAGCUGCUGCCUGACGGCGGCCUCCUCAAGCACUGGAGCAGAGACCAGCUGCUCGACAACCUCAUGUGCUACUGGGCUACCAACUCCUUCACCACGUCUGUCAGAUUGUACUCUGAGAGUUUCAACAAGAGACAUUUCGGAUUGCAGUUAGAUGAGAUCCCAACCCCAGUCCCAACCUGGGUGAUUCAAGCGAAGAACGAAAUCGCCUUCCUCUCCGCCAGGAUCCUCCGCACCAAGUUCCCCAACCUGGUGCAGGCCAACGCCAUCGACGACGGCGGACACUUCCUCGCCUUCGAGCUGCCGAAGGUCUUCUCCGAGGAUGUGUUGAAGGCUGUGACCGCUUUUAGGAAGCUGAAGAAGGAAGCUAAGAAGACUGAGCUGUAGAGAUAUUAGGGAACAUGAUGGUAACCA